GUCAGUCGGAACUGGGCUGCCGCUCGUGACGGUUGUGGUCCACAUUAGUUCUUAGAUUUUUUAUUUCUUUUUUUUCGUCUGUUAAAAUCCUUUGUUGGAUCUACUUUUUUUUUUGUUUUAUUUCUAAAAUUGUGUGAUUGAUUCUAACUUUAUAGUUUUGAUUAUAUUUAUGUAAAGAAAUUGGUUUUUUGUGAGCAUUUUUGUGAUAAGAAUUUAGUGAUUUUUUAGUAAUUUUAUAAUACUUUUUAAAUCAUUGAUCGAUUUCGAAUCUCUCAUGGAUUAUUGAAAUGGCUAUAUUUCCACUCUGGGAACAUCCUGGACGUAGCCUGGGAAUAUCCUGUCAGAACUCCUGCAUUCCGGAUCGGCGAGUCGGAGUUAUGAAAUACCGAAGUGGAAACGCUCGAGCUGCCACGAGAGCACCAAGAUCAUCCAGUGCAGGUACUAACAAUCUGCCACCCCUAACGUUCCAUCAAGUUCAUGGUGAGAACAUCAGACUUUGCAAUGGCGGGACUAUUGCCAGAAGAUAUGAAAGUUUUUGUAGAGGUAUCACAUUCAGCGCACGUGCUGUGCGGGUUGGAGAAAAGGUUUGCGUCAAAUUCCUCGAGAUCUCAGACAAUUGGAGCGGCGUGAUCCGUUUCGGUUUCACGAGCAACGACCCGAUUAACCUCAGAAAUGGGCUUCCAAGGUACGCCUGCCCAGAUCUGACCAAUAAACCCGGUUACUGGGCUAAGGCCAUGGCCGAGAGAUUCGCCGAAAGGGACACGGUGCUCUUCUAUUACGUCACGUCCGCAGGGGACGUGCACUUCGGCAUAAAUGGCGAGGAAAAGGGCGUGUUCUUCAGCGGUGUCGAGACACGGGGCCCAUUAUGGGCCAUCAUCGACGUGUACGGUAAUAGCACAGCGAUCGAGUUCGUCGAUCCUAACAGACAACACUUCAAUAACAUCAGAAGAGGGACCGAGCACAGCAACGAGGACAACGCGCAGCAUAGCAGGCACUCGGCCAUGGACGACGCGAGCAACGCGAGCAGAGACGUCGAGAGGAUUAUAGUUCCGUCCAUGCAGGGCAUGUCGAUCCAUCACGAGCCCGACGUCGAGCUGCCUGGACUCAGGUUUCAGCCUCCCGGUGUCAUCUUCACGCCGUUACCCUUCCACUCAACUCGAGGCAGAAACAUCCGUUUUAGUAAUCAACAGUGCGUGGCGACAAGGACCGACACGGAAUUCUGCCAUGGCUAUGCAUUUACAAGCCAACCACUGCUACUAGGCGAACGUUUGGUCGUUCAGAUCUUAGCCACAGAACCGAUGUAUGUUGGCGCCCUCGCUCUAGGCUUGACAUCUUGCGAUCCGGCUCGACUCACUCCAGAAGAUCUACCAGACGACAGCGAUCUUUUAUUGGAUCGUCCAGAGUAUUGGGUAGUUUCCAAACAUGUCGCAUCGAGUCCUCAACCCGGUGACGAAAUAGCCUUCACAGUGACUCACUUUGGAGAGGUCCAAAUGAGCAAAAAUGGCGGACCACCGAAUGUAGUAAUGCACGUGGACCAAAGUCUUCAAUUGUGGGCAUUCUUCGAUGUAUACGGCAGCACGCAACAAGUCAGGAUGCUUGCCGAGAGGCCUACAUCACCACCUAGACAGCGCCAAAGCAAUCCUUCACCGGCGACAGUGUUGCAACAGCAACAGCAGCAACAGCAACAACAACAGCAACACUGUAAUCACAGUAACGCGGCCACAGAACUAUCCAGAUUCUCAGAAAUGGUUCAGUUUAAACCAGCCAUAGGCGGAGGUACCGUGCUCGUGGUGAAUCUUCCGCCUCAAACAGGCUAUGUCACACCGUCCUCGUCUACUCCCCAACCUACAUAUGCCUCUGCCGGACACAGAAAUCAACACGUUCAUCUUCCAGCAACAGUUGCCACCGCAUCCACGGCGUCAACGUUGCAUCCUGGAUCAUCCAGACAAUCCUCGCCACCUUUGACAGGCACUAUGGCCAGUACAGGAUCCUCCACUUACGUGGAGCCAGUAAAUUACCAGAGUCUCGACGGUACUCUCAUCUCUCAGGCAUCUUCCCAUCUGCAACAAUGGAGCGAGGGCCUCCAACCUACGCCUGGUCAGCCCAACGAAUGUUCAGUUUGCUAUGAAAGAAGCAUCGAUAGUGUGCUGUACAUGUGCGGCCACAUGUGUAUGUGCUAUCCUUGCGCCACACAACAGUGGCGCGGCAAAGGUGGCGGACAUUGCCCACUUUGUCGAGCAACCAUCAGGGACGUGAUCCGGAUUUACAGAUCCUGAACGAUGGCGCAGCCAGUUCGCGAAAGGAACGGUUCCAGGGGCUGAUGCUUGGCCAGCUCGCGUUAAAUCGUCCUCUCGAAACAAGCAAACGCUGUUUUCAUUGUACAAUUCAUCGUACGCAACAUUUUGGUGUUCUCGUCUGUGGAGAAACUAUGCUUAGGAUAAAUAAUAUCUUCGAUAACGGACUUACGUAGAAGCGUCCAAUUAUUCUUCUGCUAAUUCUUCCGCAGAUUUGGUCCUAUGUUGAUGAGUAGUUUGAUUGUUACGAGAUUCUCAGGAUCUUAGAAUUUUAGCAAACAAUGAAAAAAAUGUAGAAAUGAUGUUUCGGAUGAAAAGAAGUGAUUUAAAAUUACGUUUGUUACUACCAAAUUGAUAUAUAAGACGAGAACAUAUGGAAUAUCUUCGUUGGAUCGUGAAGACGGGAAAAGUUCUGAUUCAUCGACGGUUUUGCUAUCCUCGUAAUGUCAAUGAGAUUUAUAUUACUGAACUAUACAAGAUAUUCGCACGAAAUAGAUGGAAAAUUUAAAGGAUUCUAAACAUUAAAACAAAAAUAAAAGUUGAUAUGCAAAAAUAUCAAUUGAGGCUUAUUUAUUAAAGAAUGAGCAAUUUAAUUGUUUAUAAUUUAAUUGUUCUUAUUGCUUUAAAUGAAGCGAAAUCUAUCUUCUAUCUUUGUUUCGCUUCAUUUAGUGCAAAAUUAUAUUUCUUGUAACUUAAAAAAUAAGUUUCAACCGACAUCUUUGUAUAUCAAGUUUUAUUUGUUAUAUUUUGGUUUUUAGUAUUGCCUCUUAAAUCUUUUAUUUACUUCGUCCGCACAUCGUAUACCAGUUUCAAACGAGAGACAUAAAGAUUCUGUAUACGCGUGUAUGCCUCUGAGCUUCACAGAGAAUAAAGGAAAUGAGUGAACGUAUGAAAGAUAGAAAAGCGAAUGAAUGAAGAGAUUCAGAAAGAAAGAAAAAGAGUAACAUUAAUCUUAGAUAUUUUCACAAUCGAUAUUAUAUAUAAUAUUAUCGCUACCGUUAUUAUCAUUACAAGUUAUUGCUGUUACUAUUCUCAGCUCUUCUUUAGUUAUUAUUUUCAUUUGUAUGAUUAGUAAUAUUAUUCAUGAUUCAACAACGACAACAGUCGUAAGUUAUUCUUAUAUGAGAAUAACUAUAUCGGCGAAUACCAUUAUUUUUUAUCACUUCAGGCGAAUAAAUCAUCGUAUCGACAAAAGUAUCGUCAUUUGUAUCCAACUUUUAGUCGAGAUCGAUAUCGUAGCGUGACUUUUAUUUAAUGAUUAAAAAUAAUACGCCUCGUGUGAUUAAUAAAGCAAGCGCCUAAGGCGUGCAUAGGUUAGAUUUAUGUCACUUUUAUAUCCCCAUCUGGGUUUUAUGUUAUUCAUUUUCCUCCUUCGUCUUUUAAUUUGCUCUCGCAGAAUUGGAACGACCGCGUCAUAAUCGUGUCCUCGAGCUUGCAAAAAGACGCGCGAGCGCGUGUCCUUUCCUCAUUUGUUACUUUCGACAAUAACGCUUGGAUAUGUAUGUGUAACUUUGAAAUUAUUAGCGGUUUGAACGAUACCAUAACUGGUGGUGUGUGUAUAAUCGACUGCUAUGUAUUACGUCGUAUGUAUUACCAAAGAAAUAACGCGACAUGAUUCCUCCCCGCUCUGUGUACGUUUUCAACAAACUCGUAUGCAGCCUCCUUCAUGCAACCAGCCUUAAAAGGACGAUGGUUUUUGAUACGUUUUAGAAUUUAGCGUUACCGUUUUUCUACCAAGUUCGCGCGCCUUCAAUGCUAUACAAAAAA